CAUUUUAACUCCUUCUUGUUUUUUGGUAGUUAUUUUUUUGUUGGUUUUUUUGUUUUUGUUUACUUUUUUGUGUCUGUUGCGAUUCUAAAGAAUCCGCCGACGACCCAAAUCGCCGUCGUUGGCCGCAGUAUUUACCUGACAUCAUCCCAGCGUCAACAUCAACAUCAUCAACAUCAACAUCAUCAUCAUCGGGCAUUAUCAUCAUAAUUAUAAUCAGCAAGAACGUCGGUAUUUGCGGUUGACAUCUUUACGGGCUUCAUUCAGAGCAAAAACAAACACAAGCAGCAACAACAACAACAACAACAACAACAACAACAACAACAACAAUCUCAGCAGGGCUGCGCGACAAUCUGACCGUGCUGGGAUUGGGAUUGGGAUUGGGCUUGGGUGCCUGCAUAUAAUGCAAUUGCGGCCAUGUGCCCACUAAUUGCCAAGCUGUUAAAACGCAUGGACAACGGCUAACGGCCACCCAGAGUGCGAAUACUAAGGAGCAUAAGAGACACUAAGAGAGAGAGAGAGAGAACCAGUUGUGAGAAUUUGCGUACUUAAGCGUUCAAUUAUGAAGCGCCUUUAUCUGAGCAGCCUGCUCUGCCUGUGGCUGAGCUGCGUCGGCUGCGAAUCGCUUUAUGGCCUGCACACGGACGAGCUGGUGGCGGGCGAGGGGCAGCUGGUGGUGCCGCGGCGUGUGCACGCCGACGGCGCGUUCAUGACGCACACCCUCCACUAUGCCCACCAGCGGGAUCAUCGACGGCAGCGUCGCAGCGUUGAGGCACAGCCCGAGCUGCAUAUCCAGCUGCCGCUGCGCGACGAGACGCUGCAUCUGGAGCUGACACCGCACAGCUACUUUCUGGCGCCGCAUCUAAUUGUGGAGCGACAUCGUCGCGAUCUGCGCACACGUGCGCCGCCGCCAGCGCAUCAGCUCAAUUGCCAUUUUCACGGCAAGGUGCGCGGCCAGCCCUCGGCCAACGUGGCCAUAUCCACCUGCUCCGGUCUGGUGGGUCACAUUAAGACGGCCAGCAAUGAGUAUUACAUAGAGCCCUCCAAGCAGCAUGCGGCGCAUCCAAUCAACGGCCAUCCGCACGUGGUCUUCCAGCGCUCCUCGGUGAAGCCCAAGCAGAAGGCGGAUCCGCACUGGCGUCACAAGCACAAGCGCAAGCGCAAGGAGCAGCGCCACAAGGGUCAGCAGCGCGGCAACCAGAGCCAGAGCCAGAGCCACAGCCAGAGGCAGAGCUCGAGUCCGGUUAGCAAUUGUGGCACACGGGAGCCGCGACGCCGCAUGGAGACGCGUCUGGAGUGGCAGGCGCGUGGCAAGUUCAAAAUACAAGGCGGACGCAAGGUGCGACGCCAUCAUCAUCAUCAGCUCCAGCAGCAGCAGCAUCAUUUCCAUCAUCAUCAUAAUCAUCGUCUGCAGCCUCAUCGGCGCUUGCAAAAGCAUCCGCACACGAAAUUCAAAUACGAUACACAGCCGUUGGGGCCGCAUAUGGAGCGCAGCCGUCGCUCGAUCAGCAGUCCACGGCACGUGGAGACACUCAUUGUGGCGGAUGCGACCAUGUCCGCGUUUCACAAGGACGUCGUCAGCUAUCUGCUGACCAUUAUGAAUAUGGUGUCCGCACUGUACAAGGAUCCCAGCAUUGGCAAUGCCAUCGAGAUAGUUGUGGUGCGCAUCAUUCAGCUGCAGGAGAACGAUACGGAACCGGAGCUGAAUCUCACGCAGAAUGCCCAAAAGAAUCUGGAUCGCUUUUGCAGCUGGCAGCACAAGCUGAACACGCUCAACGAGAAGGAUCCGCAUCAUCAUGAUGUCGCCAUAUUGAUAACACGCAAAAAUAUUUGCGGCAACAAUUGCAUGACUUUGGGACUGGCCAAUGUGGGCGGCAUGUGCAAGCCGAAGCAAUCGUGCAGCGUCAACGAGGACAACGGCAUCAUGCUCUCCCACACGAUCACGCACGAACUGGGCCACAACUUUGGAAUGUUCCACGACACGGCCAAGAUUGGCUGCCAUCCGCGAGUGGGCUCCAUUGUGCACAUCAUGACGCCAACAUUUGGGGCGGAUACGCUGCAGGUUUGCUGGUCAAACUGCAGCCGGAAAUACAUAACCCACUUCCUGGACCAGGGACUGGGCGAAUGCCUGAACGAUUCACCAACCCCGCCGGACGAGUACAACUAUCCGGAGGUGCUGCCGGGCGAGCGGUACAAUGCCAAGCGACAGUGCCGCAUGCAGUUCAAUCUGACCACGGACAGCGAUGUGGGCGCCUGCUCCGCACCGCACGAGUUCUGCUCGACGCUCUGGUGUCGCGUGAACGGCGAGUGCGUAACCAAUAUGCGCCCGACGGCGCCGGGCACCGCCUGCGGCAAGAACAAAUGGUGCCAGAAUGGCAAAUGCGUGCGCAUGGAGGAGCUGACGCCCAUACAUGGCGGCUGGGGCAACUGGAGCGACUGGAGCGAAUGCUCGCGCAGCUGCGGCGGCGGCGUUUCCAUACAGCAGCGCGAAUGCGACUCACCGGUGCCGGCCAAUGGCGGCGUCUUCUGCAUCGGUGAGCGCAAGCGCUACAAGAUCUGCCGCAAGAAGCCCUGUCCGGAUCACGAGCCCAGCUUCCGGGCGCAGCAGUGUGCACGCUACGACAAUGUCAGCUACCAGGGCGCCACCUACAAGUGGUUGCCCUUCUUCGACAAGAAUAAUCCGUGUCGCCUGUUCUGCAGUGAUGUGGACGACACGAUAAUCGCCAACUGGGGCGAAACGGUGCUCGACGGGACGCCCUGCACGCUGGGCACGAACAACAUGUGCAUCGAUGGCAUCUGCAAGAAAGUUGGUUGCGAUUGGAUCGUUGACUCGGACAUGCAGGACGAUCGUUGCGGUGUCUGCGGCGGUGCUGGUGAUCAAUGCAAGCCCAUAAAGGAGAUCUACAGUGAGCCCUUCAAUGUGAGCGACGGCGUUUAUGUACAGAUCGUUAAUAUACCGGCACGAGCGCGUCGCAUACUGAUCAAGGAGCUGGCCAAUUCGGCGCACUUUCUUGCCAUCGGACGGGCGCAGGGCGAGAAGUUUUAUUUGAAUGGCGACAGUCUGAUCUCCAUGCCCGGCGAAUUCGAGAUCGCCGGCGCCGAGAGCCUAUACGAUCGGCUGGACGAGCAGGAGACCAUCAAAAUACCUCAGCCCAUACAGCAUGCCAUAGCGCUCUAUGCGAUCGUGCGCAGCAAUGAGAGCAACACGGGCAUCUACUUUGAGUUCACGCUGCCCGCCUUCAAUGUGACCAGCGGACGGCAGCAUCAGUGGCGAUUGAGCAACUGGACCGCCUGCUCCGCCAGCUGCGGCGGCGGUGUGCAGCAUCGGGAGCCCAUCUGCCAGGAGAAUGGCAAGCUGCUCGGCGAUACGCUGCCCUGCUGGACGCACGCCAAGAACAGGCGACCCUUGAGGCAGACACGUGCCUGCGGCGAGCAGCAGUGCCCGGCGCACUGGUGGCCGGGUCCCUGGCAAUUCUGUCCGCUCACCUGCCGCCAGCCGGGCGCGCCCCUGCCGCAGCGGCGUCGCUCCAUUGUCUGCCUCGAUCAGCACGAUGUUGUCGUCGCGGAUGCCCAGUGCGCAUUGCUGACCAGGCCGCCCGAAACGGAGCCCUGCGAGUCAACGCUGCCCGAGUGUCGGCUCAAGCAGUGAGCGAGCUUAAGGAACCGGAACCGGAACCGGGACUGGAACUGGAACCGGUGGCGGCAACUAUUUAUUGCUAAUAAUUAAAGAGGAAGCUAAUUUAAGUGAGCUGCUUUUCAAAACCCAGACAGUUUUACAUAUUUAUUUAACAAGUUCGAAUUAUACGUGUAGUUAUUGAUAAGCCAUGUUAUCGAUUAAUAACUAUCGAUUAAUAAUUUGCGUGUGCCCUGCAGUUGCAGUACACAAAUUGCAGUGGCGCCACCUGGCGCAUAUGCUGCGCAAGAUAUCGUUCUAAGGCAAUUAGAGAUGUGCAAAUAUAAAUAUAUUUUCGAUAAA